AUGCUCGAACCACUGCAAGACGUGGGCCGCUGGCUCUGGGUCAAGAUACCCAAGGACCUUCGCUCCAAGUACUUUCGCCUCAACUUCAUCAUGGUCCACUAUCUCUACAUUCUCACCUGGUCUAUCCUCGGCUCGAUCAUUCUAUACGGCGGUGGCUUGAUCCCAUACGUCGAUGCCGUCUUCUUCGCCGCCGGCGCUUCCACCCAGUCCGGUCUGAACACUAUCAAUGUCAACGACAUGAAAACCUACCAACAGGUCUACAUGUACUUUGUCGCUUGCUUCACGAACCCGAUUUUCAUCAAUGGUGCGGUCGUGUUCGUGCGGCUGCACUGGUUUGAGAAGCGAUUCGAGCAUGUCGUCAAGGAGACGCGAGAGCAGCGGCGUUCGCGGGCAAAGACCAUUACCCGCAGUAAGAGUGAGAUGAAGGAGACGGACAUAGACCUGCAUCAAUUGGAGAUGGGGGUGAAUGGGAGAGAAAUCAGAGUGCUUCAUGACACAACACUACCGAAUGGUAUGAGCGGCCCCACGGCAAAGUCGAGGGAGGAUGAAGCAAAGUUUAUGGAAAAGAUGGGGCUGGACACACAUGCAAAGAGCGUCGAACCUACUCCAGAAGGUAGCAACGCAAGCAGUGGAAGCGGCAGCGACGAGGUCGCUCCAGAUGACUUGCGGGCGGAUGACGAUGAGACUGGUCCUGACAACCAGCCCGCAACGCCAGAGCAUCAUCUUGGACUUCACCCGACUCUGCACAGACAAAUUACGUUCGCAGAUGAAGUGGGAGCAAAUGAAUCUGGCGAAACUCCCGAACUUGCACGAGUGCCCGAUCAGGUUGAUGCUUCUAAGCAUAUUGAAUUUCUCGAACGGCAACAGCGCAAUGCUCGGGAAGGCUCGACCUUGCGCAUCCCAGGUCCCCGAGACUUCGAUCGUGGCGAGGUGCCACGGGAGAUGCAACGAUCUGAUACUAAUAACGAUUUGGCACAUUCGCAGACCCGCAACACACUGCAAACCAUUUUGAGCGAGAGUAGCCGCGAAGGUAUGACCUCUAGAGGCACUGACGAGCUGAAUGGAGAUGACCAUCCACCGCGCAGCGGGAUCAAGUUUGAUGACCAACAACACCCCGGUCGGAGGCAAGAAACUGCCACGUUCGAAAGUGCUCCAACCAGCAAUUCGAAGGCUGGCAUGCAGCGUAUUAAGAGUGGCAUCAGCACUCUUCGACAUCGUCGUUCUAACUCUAAUGGAUUGCAUUUAAAGAAUGCCAGGGGAAGCAUAGGCCGCACAUUCACGUCGCUUACCACUGUCCGAAGUCGGGAUCCGAACGACCCAAUGCCUUACUUGAGCUGGCAGGCGACAAUCGGACGCAACAGUGCCUUCGUUGGUCUUACGGAAGAACAGCGUGAGGAAUUGGGAGGUAUUGAAUACCGCUCACUGAAGACUCUGAAGUGGACCCUACUCGCCUACUACUUCGGCUUUCACAUCCUCGCUGCCAUUGUCCUUAUCCCGUGGAUUCUACACACACAACCUUGGAAGGGCGUGGUGAGAGACGCUGGUACGAACCCAACCUGGUGGGGGGUGUUCAGUGCAGCCAGCUUGUUCAACGAUCUGGGCCUGACUUUGACUCCCGACAGCUUCCUGAGCUUUCAAAGAGCGGUCUUGCCUCUACUGUUGGGCUCCUUUCUUAUUGUUAUUGGCAACACUGGCUUCCCGAUCAUGCUUCGCUUCGUGAUAUGGGUCACCAGCAAGGUCGUCCCGUACGGUUCGGGAGUCUGGGAGGAGUAUCAAUUCUUACUCGAUCAUCCUCGCCGCUGCUUCACCCUCCUCUUCCAAUCCAAGGCCACUUGGUGGCUUUUCUGGGUUCUGGUCAUACUCAACAGCGUCGAUCUCAUCUUUUUCAUCAUUCUGGACUUGAACGACCGGACCGUUACUUCAAUACCCGUUGGCUACAGAAUCCUCGACGGCUGGUUUCAAGCUGCUUCCACCCGAACAGCGGGAUUUUCGGUCGUCAACUUGUCCGACCUUCACCCGGCUAUCCAGGUCUCCUACCUCGUCAUGAUGUACAUCUCCGUCUUCCCCAUCGCCAUCUCUGUCCGCCGAACGAACGUCUAUGAGGAGAAAUCACUCGGUGUGUUCGGCGGGGAAGAGGAGGGAGAGGAAGGCAGCGACCCUUCGUACGUGGGCCAGCAUCUCCGUCGACAGCUUUCCUUCGAUUUAUGGUACAUCUUCCUGGGCUUCUUCAUUAUUUGCAUCGUCGAGGGCGACCGGCUGGGCAAUAACACCGACUACUCCUUUACCAUGUUCUCGGUGCUGUUCGAGAUCGUCAGCGCCUACGGCACCGUCGGCUUGAGUCUCGGCUACCCUGGCACGGACCCCAGCUUCUCAGCUCAGUUCCGUGUCAUCAGCAAGCUGGUCAUCGUCGCCAUGAUGAUCCGUGGUCGCCACCGUGGCCUACCAUACGCCCUCGACCGCGCCAUCCUCCUUCCUAGCGAGAAGUUGCAGAAGAAAGAAGCAGAAGAGCUCGAUCGUCGUACCACGCGCCGCAACAGCUUCUUCACCGAAGGCCACGACUUUGACCGUCCACGACACGGCCACACCUGGAGUCAGACGGAGAAUGACGAUAGCGGGAUGCCGCGCCACCACAACCUCGCCCGACAGCAGACUGUUCCAGCGAACAGCAUGCGCGACCCGCCGCCGUCCGCUGGCGAACAGUCGCCCGAGCGGACUAGGACGCUGCGCAGGCGGACUAGCGGUCUGUCGAGCGCGAGCGGGAACGCAAAGAAGCGGGCGCGGAGCAUGAGCCUGAGCGGGGUGGGGAGGACGAUUGCUGGGGGUUUGAGCGCUGGGCCUACGUACCCGAAGCAUGAGUGA